AUGAAGGACCAAGAUAUUGUUGGAGAGGCACUCGCUGCCGUCCUACCCCAGCAUGGCAAGCCCUGGUUCAGGGUACCUCAUCUUUUAAAGCUCAAUCUCAUUCUUCUGGUCCCCUUAUUGUCAUCAGCCGUUGCUGGAUACGAUGGUUCCCUGAUGAACGGUUUGCAAUCUAUUCCUGAAUGGAAGAGUUAUUUCGGAAAUCCAACUGGCUCUAUCCUCGGUGUCGUAAACGCAGCCCAAUCCAUUGGAAGCGUGGUGUCCUUGCCAGUCAUAGGAUGGCUUUCUGACCGACUUGGCCGACGAUUGACACUGUUAUUGGGUGCAUUCACCAUCGUGGCCGCUUCUGCAAUCCAGGCUGCCUCCGUUAAAUAUGGCAUGUUCGUAUUCUCACGGGUUCUGGUUGGUGUUGGAUCGAUGCUGGUAGUCCAACCAGCCCCCAUGCUGAUUACGGAGCUGGCAUAUCCCACCCAUCGUGGAAAGUAUACAAGUGCCUUUUGGACGAUGUAUUAUUUAGGUGCCAUUCUGGCCUCGUGGACAUGUUACGGGACACAGAGAAACAUGACAGACGACUGGACAUGGAGAAUACCAUCAAUUAUCCAGGCAGGAUUUCCAAUUGUCCAAAUAUUGUUCUGGUGGUGUGUUCCGGAAUCACCAAGAUGGCUCAUCGCGAACGAUCGAAGUGAAGAAGCAGAGGAAUUACUCGCUCGUUUCCACACUGCCGGAGACAUCAGCCACCCUUUGGUGCAGUUCGAAAUGUCAGAAAUCAUUCAUACCCUCUCGAUGGAGGCUCGAGCGUCCCAGGUACCAUGGUUGACUCUGGUCAAGACGCCUGGGAAUAGAAAGAGAACAUUCAUUGCGGUCUGCGUCGGAGCAUUUGCGCAGUGGAACGGUGUUGCUGUCGUAUCCUAUUAUCUCACUCUUGUCCUCGAUACCGUCGGAAUAACCGAUUCCGAUACACAAACCCUGAUCAACGGCCUACUACAAGUCUUCAACUUCAUCGCAGCAGGAAGUGCAGCUUUGCUGGUAGACCGCCUCGGACGACGCACCUUGUUCCUCUGGUCCGCCGCGGGAAUGCUAGUCUCGUUCGUGAUAUGGACCGCAUGCUCGGCCGUCUUCGACACCAGCCAGGCCGCCCCGCUCGGUAAUACUGUUAUUGCCUUCGUUUUCAUCUUCUAUUUCCAUUACGACAUCGCAUACACCCCGCUUCUAUUGGGGUAUCCCACUGAGAUCUUCCCUUACUCAAUCCGAAGCAAGGGUGUGACGACGACGCUGCUGUCCGUAUACUCCUCACUGGUUAUCCUUGCGUUCGUCAACCCAAUUGCGUUGGAAAAUAUCGGAUGGCACUAUUAUAUCUUCUUCUGCUGCUUUGACCUCCUCGUUCUUGCAGUGACUUUCUUUAUGUUCCCUGAGACAAAGGGUCACUCGCUCGAGGAGAUUGCACAGAUUUUCGACGGGCCAUCGGCGGGAACCGGUGGUCUUGAGGUCGGAAAGAAAGAUUAUGAUGACACUAUCACGCGGGAACAUGCUGAGUACGCUGGCUAA